CAAUGUUUCUGCAAGCCUCAGUGGAGUGCGCGUCAAACUGCGCAUCGGAGAUCGUGAGAACCGCGAGUCGAAGAUUCUAGAAUUUCGCACCAACAAUUUCAAUUUUAAUCCACCACUCGUUGAAUUCUUAUCGCCGACUCGCAAUCUCGACACGCCAGCCGUUGAGCUUCGAAAGCGAUUUUACGCAGGCCGGGGUACCCGGUACUCCACUAACCUCUCGCGCUGGCCGAUGCGACAACGGGGGGAGGGAGUUCGAGAAGGUAUGUGACGACGCAGCGAGCGCCGCGAGCGCGGGUGAGGCAGUGUCAACAAACACGGCGCGCGUCGUGCGCGUAAAAAAAAACAAAACAAGCGCCAGUCAAUUCGCCGUUUCCAACGAGACAUUCAACGCGCGCUACGAAAUGCACAAGAAUUUUCCCGCCCGCCUCUCCCGCCGGACCACCCUUGGCGAUUCGUCGUGUCGCUCGGCGUCCAGAUCGGUGAAAAAUUCACAUCGCAACGCCCGAAUCCGAGCAUCGUCAAAGAGAUUCUCGCCCGUGGGUGAUUCACAGAACGACGGACGCUGUGCAACUUUCAUCCUCUCCCAGGAGGCUUUCCAGAUUCCUAACGCAAGAGAUUCGCCGGGAUUGUACAUGUGAGCGGCUUUGAUUGCAUGAGAAAAAUUGACCCUUGCUUGGAUAUUCGAUCUUUGAAUCUGACGUUUUUCUGCAACAAUUUUUUAAUUACAAUAAAAAUUUAAAAGCACAGACGUCGAAUUCCGCAGAUCAAGUUGUGUAUUUUUAUCUUUGAAAUUAAUUUGAUAAAGUUUUAAAUUUUUUUAUCAACAAAAUUCUCAUAUUAAAACAUUGUUAAAAUAAUACUAACAGCGAGAUCUCAACAUAGGCGAAAAAUAUUUAAUCGUUAUCUAUUCAAAUUUUUGCAAAGUAUUACUUUUUUUGCAAUGAUAUGUGAAUAAUAGAAGAAAGAAAAGAAAUGUUGUUUGUCGGUCGUAGUGCUUAAUAAUUUCUAUCCAUCCAACUCUCUCUUUGUUUCAAAUCUGACAUACAAUUUAGAAAACUAAAAAAUUUACAAAUUGAUGUAAAAAUAUUAUCAAGCACCAAGAUCCACUUUGACCAAAAAAUAUAAUAUUUCUUCUUUUUAUACUUUUUUGCAAUUUUAUGUACUCAAAUUAUGCCUUAAUUUCGACAUUAUUGAAAAGUAUAAUUAUUGCUAAUAUACAUAGAUAAAAAGGGAGCUUAGCUGUGGAAACUAUCUAUAGAUUCAACGUCCUUCAGUAUAAUUUCAAUGUUGAAUAUUGUAUAAUUUAUACUUGUUAUAAUAAAUUAAACUUAUACUAUA